AGAGUUAUUUUCGCAAAGUUAGAGCGUAGCUGUCGGCGUGAGCCUCUGAGUGCGCGAAACACAAGGCCCCAUGGAAACAUUUACCAUGAUUGUGCGGUUUUUUCAGGCAUUUGCUAUUUUUUAUUCUUGACCUUUUUGUCGAAUUUUCCUGUCCAUCAGACCCUGUCGAACAGUCGCAACGAAGAUGCAUCACAUUUUGCGAGGAAUCGCGAAGUCCGACUCUCCGGAAGAAGUCAAACGAAACUUGAUCGAAAAUAAGCUUAUUCCAGCUGCUUCAAAACCGAUGAACUUAAAUGACUGUCAAUCUUUGCUUGAAGUGUCGUGGGAUCUCGCAAUUAGCGGUGACAAUGGCUUUCUUCAGAACGGUGGGAUUCAGGUGUUCACAGCUUGGUGCAAGCAUCACCGGAAUGCUUUGACAAGGUUUUUCACCCACAGCCACUUGACCACAGCACUGACAUCUCCCGAAGUCAUUCACAAAGACAAAAUAUUGCAGCUGGUGGCAGUUGUACUGAACAACAUAGAGGACAACCCAGCCUUCCCCAAGAUGUGCUGUGUGGUGCAGACACACUGUGUGGACUACCUGGAUGGCUGUACGGGGGCCCUGUCUGUGACAUGUGCAAUGGUGUCCCUGCUGGAACGCUUCCCUCAGUGUGUGCCAAAGAAGGACCAGCUGGGAAAACUGUGCUCAGUUCUCACUCACUGUGUGGUGGCUGCUCCUUGCCCAACUCGAGCAGAGGACCUUAAGCCCUACAUCAAGGAAAUCAACACUGUGGCCCACUUCAUCAAGUCUCUCUGGACUUUGUCUGAGGUGGCACUGCGCAAGACACUAGACGUGGUCUCCACCAUUCUCACCAACAGCGAGGACCAAUUUUCACCUCCCUUGGCUGCAGUUGUGGAGCUCCUGCCGCCUUCUCUGGUGCCGACGGCCACCUGCUCCAUGAGCAACAGUCUGAGUGGCUCUGCUGAUGUGGAACCACUGGUGCGAGCAUCCCGUCGGCUGCUGCAGUGUUUGGCCUGGCCUGGCAUGACCUCAAUGCACCUCUGGGUCAUGGCAGCGCUGCGUGGAUUUGUGGCUACAGGACGCUUUGCUCUUAUUACCGACCUCUUUGAGUCCUCGGUUGACAUGGUGUUCUGCAGGGCUGUGCAGCCGUUGACCCGCAAGUGCGCAUUCCCAGUGCUGGCUUUUAUGCUGCUAUCAUACCAGCACUCUCCGGCUCUUUUCCACAAGAUCCUGCCUCAUCUGCCGCUGUUUGUGAAGCAACUGCAGAAUGACCCAGUUCUUCAGGAGCUGGCCAGCCUGUCGUACACUAUGAUGUACCUGCACUCGGGCUUUCCUGACCUCUACGAUGCCGUGCUAGAUGCACUCAAGGAUGUGUCGGCAGCUACACCUAGUGUAGAUGACAUGCAGCAACUCCUGAACCAGUACCGGUUGUCUUCGGCCACAGAGCGCUACAUAGGAGGCAUUGUGGGAGAGCCAUCUGCCCUGGUACGUCGUGAGGCUGAGCUUGUUGGGCUGCUCAACCUGGGCAACACGUGCUAUGCCAACAGCGUCCUCCAGGCACUUUACAUGACCUCACGCUUGAGAAACCAGCUGCUUCAAACUGACACUUUACCACCAAGGACCAUCCUGAAGAGCCUGCAGAAGUUGUUUGCAUUCCUGGCUCUAUCACAGCGACCAGCUGUGUGUCCUGAGGAUUUUCUGCACACCUCCAAUCCGCCUUGGUUCCAGCAGGGAGAGCAGCAGGACUGCUCCGAGUUUCUUCGCUACCUCGUCGAUUCGUCGCAUGAGGAAGAAAAAAGACACAGCUUCCCGCUGAGUUGCUCGCAAAGCACAGGGCAAACACUCAUCCAGGAGGUCUUUGGGGGAGCUGUCUGCACCACUUACCACUGCCUUACUUGCAAUGGCGAGAGCAAGAAUAAGGAAGCAAUCACAGACCUGCACGUGGCUUUCCCCGAGGUGUCCAGGAUAGCUGGCAGCAGUGAGAGCAAGGUGUACCAGACACGAUCAAAGUCAUCGACUGAGGUCAAGGAGGAGUCCUACCAGGAUGUGACCACGCCACUGGCGCUGGAAGACAUGCUCGAGGCUUACUUUGAACCGGAGAGCAUGGAAGGCGAGAACAGAUACCACUGCAGUGUGUGUGGCACCUUAAGAGACGCAUGCCGCACUGUAGCUCUGGCUGAGCCCCCGAGGCAUCUUGUGCUGACUCUGAUGCGCUUCUCAUACGACGGUGUUACGGGAACUCGAGCCAAGAUUCUCCGCGAGGUAGCCUUCCCUCAGCUCCUAGAAUUGCCCUCCAACUGUGGUCUUGACAGCAGCCAGCAACCAACCUAUGUCCUCUACGCUGUGGUGGUCCACUCGGGCACCUCAGCCGAUCGUGGCCACUAUUAUACGUACGCCCGAUACUCCAGCCAGGAGUCGCUGUCUCCACGCAAAUCGGUCUAUCGCUCGGGGACGCCUGAUCCCUUGUGCAAGCGAUGGUACCUGUUCAACGACAGUCGGGUGUCUGCAGCGUCGUAUGCGAGCCUGCAGGGCCUUACAUGCCGCUUUCCUCGUGACACGGCUUAUGUGCUCUUCUACCGACAGAUGGACAGCAACCUUGCUUACCAGGAGGCCACACCAGGGGACCUGGUCCACUCGAGUUUGCGAGACCUAGUUGACUUGGACAACGUCAAAUACUUUGAGGAGCAAGAAGCAAAAAGCAAGCGUGCCCGUUGGUCAUUCAAGAGUCACAACGGCAGUGACUCCUUUGAUGGUGGACCUUCGACUGGUGGAUGCGGUGGAGGCGGCAUGGGUGGUGACCUCAGUGAUCUGCCACACAUGGUUUUCUAGCGAGUGCACUUCUUUUAAAUUACAGCAUGGUCGAUGAAUCGCAAAAAUCUCCAGCCUUCAGUUCAUGCAGUGUCCCGUCAGCUCAAGCGGGGUUGGCUCCUUGUUUGUGAUAAUCAUGUAAAUUAUUUUUGUUAGGCUUUAUAAAUAUUACUGCAAUUGCUGUAAAUAAGGUUAUGAACAUGUAAAUGUAUGCUGGAGAUUGUGUAGGAUAAAUGUUGUGCUUUUAUUCCUCAUUGAAUAUUUUCAAGUGUGAAAGAAAAAUGUGUGACUUGCUUUUUACGAUACCACCCAUGCGAAUAAAACAACUGAAUGUUUGAUGAUUCCACAA